CGAUUGGUAAAAAUUAUUGUUCGAAAAUAUUUAAACGUGUGCAUAAAAUAGUCAUAGUAUACGUCAGAAUACAUUUAAAAUUUUGUAGUUUCGAAAAUAUUGUGAUUUGUGUAUAAUUCACUGUCGUAACGUUAGUCAAUUAGAUAUGACGGCAGUGAGCGUAUAACAAUAGUAAAAAUAUACAUAUCUAUAGUAUCUAUAGAAAAGCUGAUUUUAUCUUUUAAGGCCGUUUACCGAAUCGUAUUUAAAUGAUACAGUGGACGCCGCUUAUUGGACUCACGGUUAAUUGACUCAUUCGCUUAUUAGACUCAAAACGCCUAGUCCCUAUUUACACAUAUACUAACACACAGCAAAAAAUUCGUAUAUUCGACUCACACACCGGUUAAUAGGGUCAUUUGAAAAUUAGAUAAAUAAAAAUAAUGUGUACAUACAUUGAACAAACGUGCUAUAAAUACGUUAUAAGUCGGUCCUAGUAAAAUUGCUUUUAUCGUGGAGAUAAAAUAAAUUACCUUUUCACGAUAAACGAAGCAGUCUUUAAUGUCAAUUAGUACGACAGGUAGUGUAUGAAUAGACGUCGUCGUGUACAGUGUGUUGUUUGUGUUUACGUUCUCUGUAAAAAUUUUCAUUUUUCGUGUUACAAUGAACAAACGACGUGAUUUGAGUGUAGAAGAAAAAUUAGAUGUUCUUAAAAAAUAUGACGAGCUUCCGCAAAUGAGCCAGCGACAAGCAGCAUGUAAGUUAAACGUGUCUCAAAGUUUACUAGGUAGGAUGCUAAAAAGUCGACAGAAAAUCGAAAAUGCAUCAUUAGCAAAUGUGAAUUCAAACCGGAAAAGAAAAAGAGUCGGUAAAGAAGAAGAAGUUGAAGACGCUUUGAAACAAUGGUUCACAAAAGUCAGAGAAAAAGAUGCCCGAGUUACAGGACCACUGUUGCGUCAAAAAGCUGAGGAACUCGCGAAAAAAAUGGACAAAAAUAAUUUUGUAGCAACAGAAGGUUGGUUUUACCGAUGGAAGAAACGUGAAAACAUUUCGUUUGUUAAGCCACAUGGAGAACAGGGAGAAGCAGACCAUGCAGCUGCACGAUCGUGGAUUCAUUCAGAAUGGCCAUCUCUUAUCGCCAAAUAUCCUCCGUCUAGUGUGUUCAAUGCAGAUGAAACUGGUCUUUAUUUCAGGGCAUUACCUGAACACACGUACGCGUUCAAAAAUGAAAAAACUAGAGGAACUAAAAUUAGUAAAGAACGUCUAACCAUAUUAUGUUGUACGAGUAUGGUUGGUGAAAAAAGAAAACUGCUUGUGAUUGGUAAAAGUAAAAAUCCCCGGUGUUUCAAGGGUGUUAAAAAUCUACCGGUCGACUAUACUGCAAACAAUAAUGCAUGGAUGACAAAAGAAAUUUUCACCGAAUGGUUGACCAAGUGGGACAAUGAACUUCGACAUGACGUCUUAUUGCUAGUCGAUAACUGCACGGCUCAUAUGGUUACAGUAAAAUUCAAACAUAUUAACCUCACAUUUUUACCCUCUAACACUACAUCAGUUAUACAACCAUGUGAUCAGGGGAUUAUACGCACUUUUAAAGCAUAUUACAGAACAGGCAUGAGAAAGAAUGUGAUCAAUGUGAUUGAUGCUAACCUGGAACAAGAAUUAUGUACCUUACGUGCUCAUGAAAUCGCUAAAAAAAUAACUGUACUUGAAGGUUUGCAUUUAGCCUAUGAAGCGUGGAAUAUCGUCAGCAAAAUCACAAUACGCAAUUGUUUCCGACAAGGUGGUUUCAUUAUCAGUCCAAAAGAAGUUGAAGCUGUUGUUGAAAGACCCGCUGACCUAACAACUGAACUUUAUAAUGAAUGGAUAAAUAUAGACGAAGAAGUCCAAACUACCGAACUCGUUACCGAGGAAGAUAUAUGUGAUGAAAUACAGUCAAAACGGCCAAAAGAGAAUGUGGCUGGUGAUAGUGAUGAAGAUGAACCUGAUGAAAAACCACCAUCAACUAAACAAAUGCUAGAAGCGCUUCAAAUUCUACGCAGAGGGAUUCAGCAAAGAGGCGAUUUUGACGUAUUCGAGCAACAUAAAUCCUACGAAAAUAUGAUAAUGAAGUUAGCCGAAGACGAAAAAGUCCAAUCAACCCUAGAUGAAUUUUUAUCAAAAAAUUAGUUUCAUUAGUGUUUUAUUGACAUUUAUGACUACUGUCAUUAUUAUUUAUUUUGUUAUUUAACUUUGUAUAAUAUUACAAAUAUACAUAUUAUAUAGUCUUCGUAGGAUUUUAAUUUUCGUCUCGUCGUUACCUCUUAUAUAAUAUGAAUAUAUAUAUAUAUAAAUAUUAGUGGACGCCGUUUAUUAGAUUCAUUCGGUUAAUGGACUCAAAUGGUCAGGUCCCAAAGUGAGUCCAAUAAGCGGCGUCCACUGUAUAUGGCCACUUAUUUGGCUACAACACAUAACUGAUUCAUCGAUUUUUCAGGAGCAUCUAAAAACUAAUAGUUAAAAUUUAAACAAUUGUGAAACGUAGUAUAUUUCUGUACUCUUACUAUGAAAUAUUAUAUAUUAUCGUAUAAAUUUAAUUUAUAACUUCAUAUUACAUUCAGCACUUUUUCCUCUAAUAUCAAUUUUACGACUAUAAUUCUGUCACUUUUCCCAGCUACUUAAAUUACUGUACUUUUCAUCUCCUCAUCCAUAAUUACCCCUAUAGUAUUCUUUGUACUAGACUUACCUGAGUAUAUUAUCUUAUAACCUCGAUUUCUCUCCUUUCCAUUUAGUUUUCUGCACACAACAAAUGUUAACUUUUCUCCUCUUCAAUACUUCUACUAAUUCUCUACUUCUACCAGUUAAUGUUCCAACAUUCCAAGUACCUAUAUUACUUUGUAUCUAUCUUUCUCCCUUAUACACGAGUCCAGCCUAGAAUUAAGUGGUGAUGUCCCUACGCCAUUGACACUUCAAGCGUUGGGUAGACCUGUACACAUGACAGGUAAAACAGCUUCCUCACAAGUCGUUCGGCUGGUAUUAAACACUUUAUUCCUUAGGCCUUUUCCGUUUUUAACUAUUUUAUUUCCUCUCACCUGUUGUCCCCACGUACAUCUGAAAUGGGACAAUUUGCCUAAGUUUUGUUCAGGACUAAUCAUACUUUUUGACAAAAAUUUUACGCAGGUUGUCGACCUGACUCAAUCUCAUUCAAGGCCUUUUACGACUGGUAGAGGGGCCGUGGACGUAUUCUUUUCUCCUAUUCAUAGGGAAAAGGUAUACGUAAUAUUUUUAAAUUAGAUUUUUAAUUAACUAGACUCAUUACAUAUAAGAAUAACCUUUCAAUUAUAUUUUUGAACAUAUAAUUUAAAGAUACUAAAAUAUCAGCUAUGUAUUAUUGAUAAAUCAGUAACAACAACAAUUCUCGAUACAACACAUUCUAUAUUUAAGUCUUCUAUCUAUAAGCUUAGAAUUAUUUAUUUUUAUUGAGAAUGUCAUAAUAUUCUUAGAAUAAAGUAUUAUUUUUGUCAUCAAUUAUUUUCAUUAAAAUUAAAUUGUUAUUAUUCUGUUAUGGUAAAAGAUGGUGAGGAAUGAAGUAACACCGGUUGUAGUUCUACUUGGCGUC